CUCCCAGCGGCCGCCAGCGGGGUCUGGGCCUCGGGGUCCACCGCGCUCCUGGAGUCCGAGUGCCCUGGGGCAAGAACAAGUGGCCCAGAAUCCCAGCAGACCAAGAGGAGCUUCCUGGCCAGGCAGCAUGGUCUCCCAGGGCUCCGCGCCUUCCCUGCUGGAGGCCCUGAGCAGUGACUUCCUGGCCUGCAAAAUCUGCCUGGAGCAGCUACAGGUGCCCAAGACACUGCCCUGCCUACACACCUACUGCCAGCAGUGCCUGGCGCAGCUGGCUGACAGUGGCCACAUUCGUUGCCCUGAGUGCCGCGAGACCGUGCCUGUGCCGCCCGCUGGCGUGGCAGCCUUCAAGACCAAUUUCUUUGUCAAUGGGCUCCUGGACCUGGUGAAGGCCAGGGGAGACCUGCAUGCGGGGAAGCCUGCCUGUGCCCUCUGUCCCCUGGUGGGGGGCACCAGCACUGGGGGCCCGGCCACGGCCCGGUGCCUUGACUGCGCCGACGACCUGUGCCAGGCCUGUGCCGACGGCCACCGCUGCACCCGCCAGACCCACUCGCACCGUGUGGUGGACCUGGUGGGCUACAGGGCAGGCUGGUAUGAUGAGGAGGCCCGGGAGCGCCAGGCUGCACAGUGCCCCCAGCAUCCUGGGGAGGCGCUGCGCUUCCUGUGCCAGCCCUGCUCCCAGCUGCUGUGCCGCGAGUGCCGGCUAGACCCCCACCUGGACCACCCCUGCCUGCCCCUGGCCGAGGCGGUGCGCGCCCGCAGGCCGGGCCUGGAGGAGCUGCUAGCAGGUGUGGACAGAAACCUGGCAGAGCUGGAGGUUGCCCGCACUGCAGAGAAGGACGCACUGGCCCGGCUGCGGGAGCAGGCUGCCAGAGUGGGGCUGCAGGUGGAGGAGGCGGCCGAGGGAGUCCUGAGGGCCCUCCUGUCCCAGAAGCAGGAGGUGCUGGGGCAGCUGCGGGCCCAUGUGGAGGCGGCAGAAGAGGCUUCCUGGGAGAGGCUGGCAGAGCUUGAGGGCCGGGAGCAGGUGGCCAAGGCAGCUGCUGCCUUUGCCCGCCGGGUGCUCAGCCUGGGCCGCGAGGCCGAAAUUCUGUCUUUGGAAGGGGCUAUUGCCCAGCGGCUCCGGCACCUACAGGAUCGUCCCUGGACCUACGGGCCAGUCCUGUGCCUGCUGCCCCGGCUGGACCUCCACCCUGGGCUCCUGGACAAGAACUGCCACCUACUUCAACUCUCCUUUGAGGAGCUGAGGCCCAGGGAGGAAGACGACAGAGAGAGAGCAGGUGCUGCCAGCGCCACUGCCACCCAGGGAGUGGGUGAAGCCCCCGAGAGUCAGGGCCAGGGUGGGCCUGAGGCUCAGUGCCUGAAGAAAGACACUGCCCAUGGAACCGCAGAAGACGGGGCUGCCCAGGCUCCCAAAGAAGGCACAGCCCAGUUGUCGCAGCCCCAGAAACCCCAGGUGACUCCCAAGGAGGACAGAACCCCAUCUCCGCAAGAAGACAGGGGAGCCCCGGCAGAGAGGGGCGCCAAGGCCAACAAGAAGAGGAAGUUCAAGGGCAGGCUCAAGUCCAUUUCCCGUGAGCCCAGCCCCGCUCCGGGCCCCAACCUGGAAGGCUCUGGCCUCCUGCCCAGGCCCGUCUUCUUCUGCAGCUUCCCCACGCGCAUGCCUGGAGACAGGCGGUCACCUCGGAUCACUGGCCUCUGCCCCUUUGGCCAGCGGGAGAUCCUGGUGGCCGAUGAGCAGAACAGAGCACUCAAGCGCUUCUCCCUCAAUGGUGACUACAAGGGGGCCGUGCCUGUGCCUGAGGGCUGCUCCCCGUGCAGCGUGGCUACCCUUCAGCAGGGGGCUGUGGCCUUCUCAGCCGGUGCGCGGCUCUAUCUCAUCAACUCCGAGGGCGAGGUGCAGUGGCGCCGGGCGCUGAGCCAUUCCCAGGCCAGCCACGCUGUGGCUGCGCUGCCCAGCGGGGACCGGGUGGCGGUCAGCGUUGCGGGCCAUGUGGAAGUGUACAACAUGGAGGGCAGCCUAGCCACCCGGUUCAUCCCUGGUGGCAGGGCCAGCCGCGGCCAGCGAGCACUUGUGUUCCUGACUGCUAGCCCCCAGGGCAAUUUCGUGGGAUCUGAUUGGCAGCAAAACAGUGUGGUGGUGUGCGACGGGCUGGGCCAAGUGCUUGGGGAGUACCGGGGGCCAGGCUUGCACGGCUGCCAGCCUGGGUCCCUGACCGUGGACAAGAAGGGCUACAUCUUCCUGACCCUGCGGGAGAUCAACAAGGUGGUGAUCCUGGACCCCAAGGGUUCCCUUCUUGGGGAUUUCCUGACAGCCUACCAUGGCCUGGAAAAGCCCCGCGUGACCACCAUGGUGGACGGCAGGUACCUGGUCGUGUCCCUUAGUAAUGGGACCAUCCAUGUCUUUCGGAUCCGUGCCACCGACAGUUGAAGGGGUUGGGGGUCAGGGCAGGAGGGGGCGGGGAAGGGGAGGGGGCGGGGCUUAGUCCUGCAGUGAAGGGGCUGGCAGUGUCUAAGGCCUGCCCUCCUCUGGGGUGUGGGGACAGGGACCAUCCUAUACUGGUGGUGGCGAGGAGGGUGAUUUUUGGCGUGAGUGCCGCCCGCUGCCUGGUUUAGGCUUCUGGAAUGGACCCACGUGUACUGAUUUCUGUUGUCCCAUUCCCUGUUACUGGUGGAGUAGCCGAGGCAAGGUAUUGGGGAGCUGGGCAGAGGGGAGCCCUAGGAGUGCCAGACAAGCUGGGAGCCAGCCACUCUAGGAAGAGGGCUGGAGAUUUGGGCACAGCAAGUGAUGGCCUCAUUUGCCCCCCUGUGACGCCCAAGGGUGAUUUGAAGUGGGCACGGAGGCUGACAUCUAUGACUUCCAAGGAAGUGGGCUUCCGGGAAGCCUAACCUGGCAGAGCUGGGGUUCUGAGUAUCAUAGAAGAGGGAGCCCUUCAAGCCCCCUCCUCCCUAAGCUGGUCUGGGGGUAUCUGAGCUCCACGAGGGAACAUUUUUUUUUUUUUAAUCCUGGAAGUUUAUGCUUUCUCUCUCCAUUUUUCAGCAACAUUCCUUCUGAGAAACGUUGACGUUGGCUUAGCCAUGCUAUGUGGGGAGGUGAAGGGACUCCCCCCCCA